AUGAGGUACGGUCACAACUCCGGUAGGCCCACCACCGUCAUCCCCAGGGCCGCCAAGCCUUCCAACACCAAGGGAAAGCAGACCGAGAAGAAGGUCUUCGUUAGGAACAUCAUCCGAGAGGUUGCCGGUUUCGCCCCUUACGAGAAGCGAAUCAUGGAGUUGUUGAGGAACUCCAAGGACAAGAAGGCCAGGAAGCUCACCAAGAAGAGGCUCGGAACUCUCCUCCGAUCCAAGCGAAAGCUCGAGGAAUUGCAGGCCGUCAUCCAGGAGCAGAGGCGUCAAGCCGGACACUAA